AUUUAGAGGACGGGAAAGGGGAGCGCUCCUCUCCUUCCCUUCAUCUUCCUCUAAUUAAUAACGAGAUGUACCUCUGUGUCCCUAAAGAUCCUGGGGUUAGGGGCGAUCGGUGGGACAGAGAGGACUGAAGGGGUUCUGGAGCUACAGUGCUUGCUUGGACUAGGGUGGGGGGCGGCUGCACAGAGGCAGGGGCGGAGCCGGCUUUCCAGCUAGCGACCAAUCCCGGCGGGCAGAAGGCUCCAGGGACUCUCGGCUCUCCAGACCUGGACUACAGAGGCUGCCCAAGUUCUGUAGGGAAGAGGUAGCCCCCGAUUCAGCUGGGGGGAAAGGGAGGAAGUCGAGCGGGGUGCAGGGUUACUCCGGGCCGGAGCGGGUUUGAGCGUAUCCCUAUUCAGCACCCACUAGGCAAGAGACCUGUAAAAUCAGACAAGGUUUUCCAUGCUUUUCUCCAUUCCCCAUCCCCCACACCCUCUUCCUCUGGAGAAAUCUCAUCUGUUCAUCUUGGGCCCCUUCUGGGAGCUAUUGAGGCUCUGUAGUUGCUGCUUUUUCACUGUGGGCUGGAGUGCAGACAUUCACAUAUACACGCCCCCUGUUCUCAUCCCCUUAUCCUGUUGGCUUUAGAUGAUGUCUGUUACAGAUCAGGCAUUUGUGACACUUGCUACCAAUGAUGUUUACUGCCAGGGAGCUCUUGUUCUUGGACAAUCCUUGAAAAAUCACAGGUUAACAAGAAAAUUGGUGAUACUAAUUACAUCUCAGGUGUCCAGGAUAUUGAGGGAUGUUCUCUACAAAGUUUUUGAUGAAGUAAUUGAAGUGGAUUUGGAAGAUAGUGCCGACUAUGUCCACUUGGCUUUGCUGAAGAGACCAGAACUUGGUGUAACAUUCACUAAACUUCACUGUUGGACUCUUACACAUUAUAGUAAAUGUGUCUUUAUGGAUGCUGAUACAUUGGUGCUGUGUAAUAUUGAUGAGCUUUUUGACCGUGAAGAGCUCUCUGCAGCCCCGGACUCUGGAUGGCCAGAUUGUUUUAACAGUGGAGUAUUUGUUUUCCAACCGUCUCUAGAAACCCAUAACCUCCUGAUGCAGCAUGCAGUGGAAUGUGGAAGUUUUGAUGGGGCUGACCAAGGAUUACUGAAUAGUUUCUUCAGUAACUGGGCAACUUCAGAUAUUCACAAACAUUUGCCAUUUCUCUAUAACUUGAGCAGUAGCACCAUCUAUACAUAUAGUCCUGCUUUCAACAAAUUUGGCUCGGAUGUAAAAGUGGUCCAUUUUUUGGGGCCAUCAAAGCCUUGGCAUUACAAAUAUAAUCGUCAGACUGGCUCAGUGAUUUCGGAGAGUUUAACUUCAGAUUCUCAGCAUCAUGUCUCCUUUCUUGAUCUCUGGUGGAAAAUAUACGAUGAGAGCAUUGUGCCUUUUUUCGAUAAAGUCCAGCAUGUAGCAGAGCAUGAAUCUCAAGAACAAACAAUUUCUCUUUGUGGUGCUGCUAAAUCAUGGAAAAGUCCAAAUUCAAGCCAAGAGCAUAAACAAUAUUUACCUGUUCAGGAGUUUUCAGAACAGACACUGGAAAUAACUCUUCCUAUUCUGAUACCUGAAGUGACUGAGAAAGAUCAGCCAGUCCAGAAAGAUGAACAUAAUUCUCCUGAGUGUUUCCUGGAACCAAAUAAUGAGCCACUUGUAGAGUUCACCAGUGAACCUGUUCCUCUACACAGUUUGGAGCAGCCAGUCCAUAAAGAGGAACCCAAUUCUCCUGAAUGUUUCCUGGAACAAAACAAUGAACCAUCUGCACAGUUUACCAGUGACCCUGUUUCUCUACACAAUUUGGAGGUUGAAUUGGCCUUUUCUGUAACAGAGCUUUCCAUUCAACAGAAAGUAAAGGAACCCAGUGCUGAAGAAGAAAGAAGGAAAUGGGAAGAAGGCCGUGUGGACUACAUGGGAAAAGAUGCAUUUGCACGUAUUCAGGAAAAAUUGGAUAGAUUUUUACAGUAAUUUUGUCAGCUGUGUCUGUAUUCUCGUGAAAAUGUUGCCAUUAUGCUCAUGCUUCUGUGAAAUGACAAAAACUCUCUUUUAGCUCUUAGUAAUAGCAAAGGCCUUUUAAAUAAUGUGCCUCUAUUUAUUUUCAGCCAACUUGAGUGCCUCAAUAUAAGUAGCGCAGAAUCAAGUCUAGCUUGAAAUGCCUAGCUGACCCAAGAUAAAUAACUUCUAGUAUUCCCUAUUAGCUCUGUACCUUACUUAAUCUUGCCAGCAAAAUGAUUUGGAAUAAAUAUAGACUUUUUGAUAAAUGUAUGCAUUAUAGUGGGAAGAAUACCUAAAAUGUAGACUAAUUCAGGUGCAAAAAUAUUGCUGCUUAGUGUAGUUAAAAAUUACAGAUCAGCCUUGCAAUUUUCUUUUCUUUAAAAAUGCUGUUGAUGUUCUGGGAAAGAUUGAUGAUAAAUGCAUAUCUAUUCCUAUGUGAGUUGAGUUAAAAGAUGCAGUUGAUGUGCUGGGAAAGAUUGAUGAUAAAUGUAUAUCUAUUCCUGUGUAAUUUGAGUUAAAUUUCAGUAACUCACCUUUUUAAAUUCACUUUCAGUUUUAAGAUCUCAUGGAGUUUUUUUUGAUGUCUCUGCCAGAAACACUGAUUUUGAACAUAAUACAUAGAUGUUCACCUGAUUGAUAAAAUAAUUUCUUUAGUUUUAUGUAAAGGAUUUGACCAUAAGGUUUCCAAAGAAUUCAUAGUUUAUUUUAGUUUUUCAUAGAUCAACUCAUUGCAGCAAUACUUAAAAUAUUUUUUUGCUUGAAAAAAAAGAAAAUUUGUAGUCUCUGUUAAAUUCUUUCUUCCCUCCU